UAUUUCCGGGCAACGUUCCUUGCCGGGGCUUGCCUUCUUCCAAAAUAACUCGUGACUGUUCCAUGCUUUAUUUUUGUAUCUAGACUAGAGCUACUGUACUCGUCCUGUGCUUAUGGGGCGAGAAUACUCCCGCAGUGAAUUUUUAAAUACACUAAUAUAGGGCAAAUAUGUAGAAAUAUUAAUCUUGAAAUUAACUUCAGGACAACGAAACAUGUGGAGAGUACAAGGGUUUGUUGGAAGAGUUUUGAGCCGGUGCCAUGGCACCGCCCCCCUGCGCCUGUCUCAGAAUCACCACGUGGAAGAUGAGGUCAUCAACACCUCCACCCUGCUCUCCACCGGCUGUCACUCUCCCGACAGCAGCUCUCAGAAAGGGGACGAUGGAGACAAGAGGAGGAAGAGGACCUCUCAGUUCUGCUACGCUGGGCUCCCCCGCUACACUGCCUUGGAUGCAGUUGGCUGGGGGGCAGCUGCGGUGCUGUUGAUGCAGAUCUGUAGGAGGAUCCACUCUCAGUUCUCUGGGAGUGACCCCAACCAGACGCCCAACACAGGAUGCCUGACCAUCCAGGGAACCCUGCAGAAGUGUGGCUACCGUGUCCUACUGGAGAAACUAUCUCGCCGUGACGUGCUGCCCAGAGGGAGGAGUGUGCACUGUCUGCCCCAGAGACGGAGCCAGCAGGUCCCGAGCCAGCAGGUCCCGAGCCAGCAGGUCCCGAGCCAGCAGGCCCAGAGCCAGGAGCACAGCAGUCCCAGGAGCAGCUACAGCAGCCCUGACCAGUUUCAUGAAGACCAUCUGACUGCUGACAGUCACCUCUCUGACCACAAGCGGGCAACUCUGAGUCACGACUCCUCUGGAACGGAGGAGUCAUCCUUUUCAGAGUCCUCCCAGCCUGAAGACAACCACAGAACCAGAGACAGGGAACAGCCUGAGCAGCAAAAUGACCAGGACGCCCUGGCGGGGGCGGCACAGAACCUCCAGCAGGUGGCCGACUCCAGUGUUCCUGUAGUCCUCAACAUCAUCGGUCUGAAGAGUGCUCAGACUGGGGACUAUGAGGCAGCCUUCUCCUGUUUCCUGGCCUCUGCCAGACAGGGCUACAACAAGGCCCAGUUCAACACUGGAGUCUGUUAUGAGAAAGGCAGGGGCGUAUGCAAAGACAAGGAGAAGGCUCUUGAGUUCUACAGCCAGGCAGCGACAGGGGGUCACAGUCAGGCUCAGUACCGCUGUGCCAAACUCCUCCUGAACAGCAGAGGGCAGCAGAGCACACAACAGGACCUGGACACAGCCAUCAGCCUGCUGCAACAGGCUGCCUCAGCUGGGCUGAGAGAGGCUCAAGUGUACCUGGGGUCUCUGUUCUCGCAGGAGCCCGUAAGAGACGGCGUUAAGUCAGUGCACUACCUGAAGAUGGCAGCAGAGAGCGGAGACAGUGAGGCCCUGCUGUUCCUGGGUCAGUGUUAUGAGAGUGGGUUCGGGGUGUCCCAGUGCUUCAGAACAGCAGUUGGGUUCUAUCAGAGGGCAGCCCAGGCAGGAAACAGCCAGGCCAAGACCUUACUUGCGCCACCCUUUGGACUGGAGGAUGCCGUCCUGCGCUCUAUCCGUUCUUCCCCAUGUUUCUCCGUUGCUGACCGCCUGCGUGGAACUCUCUCCACCCUCACCUCCCCUGUCCCUCCCUCCAGUCGCCCCACCCUCCCCCACUCCUGGAGCACAGGGAGUAUGGCCCCCCCACCCAUCCUGUCCUCCCUCCGCCCUCUCACCCCCAGCUCUGAGGGGAACGCCGUGAGGUGGACUAUAGGAGCAGGAUAGUUGGCACCACAAUCAUGAAUAAUAUAAUAUAUGCCUUUUUAGCAGACACUUCUAUCCAAAGCCACUUAGUCAUAUGUGCAUACAUUUUACAUACAGGUGGUCCCGGGAAUCGAACCCACUAUCCUUGCGUUGUAAGCACCAUACUCAACCACAUUGGUCCUCUGUAGCUCAGUUGGUAAUCUAUACCAUAAGGUUGAAGAGGGAUAGCAUGGUCAGAUGUUUAACCUUACUGACACAACCCAGUAUUUAAUGUCCCUCUUUCAGCACUUCUAUCUAGAUUUGUAUAUAUGUGUGUAUUUGACCACAGGUCAAUUUGUUGAGGAAUGUGUAUAAGUAUGGGAGAUACGAUACAUCUGAAAGGUAGGCAUGUCAAAGGUUUUCUAUGGCUUUUCCUGUUAGCUUACUUAAAGACGCAGUCUGGGAUCUUAAGCACUUACAAAUUCGUAUCAUAUUGUACGAAUUGCAAAGAAAAAUGUUUGCAGGACAUAACAUAUCAUAUGGAUGACAUUACACAAUUUUCAGGGACCCAUUUUGGCCUGUGAGCGCUACUUUAAAAACUACUGGCUGAAAUUGUACAAAAGCUCUGGAGCGUGACUAAUAACUUUAGUAUUGUUCCUACAAAAUGUUCUCGUGGCACAAUCUUGGCCAGUUUUUGUACAACAAACUGCCCUAUGGGUAGAAAGAUGGUAUUGCGAUAAAAUGUGUGCCUUACUAAGUCAUUGUAUUUACUUGACCCUCUUUCUUUAUGUGACUUCAUCUUAACUUCAUUAGUUUGCUAUUUCAGUUAUGCUUUGCAUGUGUAAACUGUUCUUGUCUACCCAUGGUAUCCAGUGAGGCUGAAGAAUGGGGAAAACAGCAAGUACUUCUUGGUGGUGGUGGAUGAUGUAUGUCAUGUAUAUUCUCUAUGCAUUAGAAGCACUACUGUUGCUGAACGCACAAGGUGUCCAACACCAAUAACAAAAAAAAUAAAGCUAUUUUCUACCACUGG